CCGUCGUUUCUUCCAUCGUCCUUCUCAAGCUCCCGGGUUCCGCCAUGGUGGGGCCUGGAGUCUGCGCCCGCGAGGGUCUUACAUAAGUAAACUGUCGACUUGCGGCGGUUUUAUGCACAAAGUUAUGUAAGCGGGUUUUUAUUUAUGCUUCAUUUCCGAGCAAUCCGGUCGAUCAGCUUGGCGUCUUCCCAACUCUGGGUCCGCUUAGGCCGAUUCUUUUUCUUCACUAUCUCCAUUUUCAAAGAAGCGCGGUUCCAUUAUCCAUCAUUAACUGUCUCCAAUCAGUGCAAUCGCUGCUCCCGAGGCAGCGCUGAAGACCUUCUGCAGCCCGUGGUUGCUCCAUCAACCUUCAAGUCCUAUGACCUCCGAGAAGGACGCCCCGCGGUGUCGAUAGCACCAUGACCACAGCUUUCUCGCCAAAGCUAACAGCUUCUCGGAGCCCAUGUCUCCUUGAUCCGAACCAACCAGUCAAAAGCCUGUCAAUUGCUUUUUGGCUUUGGAAGACCCUUCUCUUUGUUGUCAUAAUCAGCUGCCCCGGGCUUGGAUAUGACACCUCCUCUAGCCUUCUUCCGUACCAAAACAACCACUCGGUUGUUGAUGUCAUAUCUUCCGUUCAGAGUAAACAAGAGUAUAUUUCGAUCCCGUUGAAGUUUCUCCGAUGGGAUUCAAUCUACUUUGUACACAUAGGACGGAUCGGCUAUGUCUUCGAGCAGGAAUGGGCAUUCAGUUAUACGUACAGUAAUCUAGUCAACUAUCUGUCCUCAUUUCUUUUCCCAUCAGAUGACUCGAACGGAGUGGCUGGGUUUGCAGUAACGGGGGUCAUAGUGUCUCAUGUUGCUCACUACCUUUCAGUCUUGGCUUUGUACCGGCUCUCUAUCAAUGUAUUCGGACACGAUAGCCAGAGGAAAAGGCUCGUUUGCUUUCUAGCAGCGGCCCUACACAUCAUUAGUCCAGCUGGCGCUUUUCUCACUGCACCCUAUAUGGAAGCUCCUUUCUCAUUCCUCAACAUCACAGGACUCUACAUCUAUUCAUCGUCCCACAUUGAUCUCGACUCAGGGAAACGGUCUCUGAGCCAUAUGAAAUUGUUGCUAUCCGGGUGCUUCUUCGCGGUAGCCACUACCGUGCGCAGCAAUGGUAUUCUCAGUGGGAUUCCCCUAGUAUUUGAUGCCCUUAUUCAUUCCUAUGAUAUUGUUUCUCGGCGUUCCUUCUGGGCGGCGGGCAUUCGCCUGUGCUUCGUUAUUCUAAGCGGCUGUAUUGUCGCCUUGGGGUUUGCUGUCCCCCAAUACUUUGCCUAUACAAAGUUUUGUAUGGACGAUAGUAUCUCACGGCCUUGGUGUCAGUCGCUUGUCCCAAGUAUAUAUGGUUGGGUCCAAGCUCAUUAUUGGGGUGUUGGUUUUCUCCGAUAUUGGACGGUUUCGAAUAUCCCGCUCUUCUUACUUGCUGCGCCCAUGUUACUAAUUCUCUUUCUAUCAUCAUUUUGGGCAAUGGGUGCGGGUACUCCAGCCCCUGCUUUUAACGUCUCUCUCAAAUCUGUUUCUGCGCCGUCUUCUAGCCCCGCCUCCAUGCUACUUACACGGCUCGCCGUAGCCCAAUUCAUCCUCACAGCAAUGGCUUUGACUAGCUAUCAUGUCCAGAUCGUCAACAGGAUUUCGUCAGGAUACCCGUUGUGGUAUUGGUACCUUGCCUGUCAGGCACUGGGGACUUCGGAACGCACUCUGCCGGCGGCCAAAAAUAACAACUAUUUCCCGGCGCUUGUACAGGUCAUGGCUAUCUAUGCACUGGUCCAGGGUGUUCUUUUCGGGUCUUUUCUUCCUCCAGCUUGAAAUACGUACAUAAUUUCCAUACAUUCAAUAAAGUAUUGACUCGGGAAGACUAUUCCAGUCAGUCUGUACUUUCGCUCCAUACCUAUACGUAUUCGAAGACCCUCGAUAUGCAUACAUGCUCCUACGGUACAUUUCCCACCGAGAAAUUGUAAUCAUGCCCGAGAAUUAUGUGAAACAUUAUACAGCAGCUGAUUAUUGUAUUCCUACGGGGGGCAUUUGUGGAGGAGUAGAGGUGACUCCGUAAGGCUGCUUUGCCCUACCUCCCGCAUUAUCCCA